GUCAUGGUGGAAAGGACACUUCGUACAUGGAGGUUUUGACUGUACGGGCAAAAUAAUAACCCCGAAGGGGAGUUAAGGAUUGCACACAUUAUUGCUGACAUCUGUUCGGCGCUUUUUAUUUCUUUGGUUGGUUUGAUCUUUAUUACAAUUAUUUCACGUGUAUUCGGGCCGUAGGAAAUCUGGUGUUUAUCGCACAGAUGUGGAUCUAGUAGCUACUCCGGAAUUCAUCACAAGCCCAUCAUCAUCAUCUUCAUCAUAUUAUUUUUCCGUGGGGUUUGGAUAUCAGAACAGACACCUGUUGGAUGACUUCCACCCUGAGCAGAUCAUGAUCUGAAGGCCUUACCAGAAGGCCAUAUUCUUUAUUUACUUCCUUUUUAUCAGAGGAGGAAGACUGGUGAGCUCAGCUGCCUUAGAGAGGUGGCAAACCGAGAGAGAGAGAGACACUCUCUCACGCACACAUCUUCAUACACUGAGGUGAUUAGUUGCUGUUUGUGUUCCUGUAACUGCCUCAAGACAACCUAAACUUUGACGUCUGACCUCACCAACACUUUAACCUUGCCCCAACCCCUGUUCAGCCAAUCACAGCAGCCAUGGGGAGAAAAAAGAUCCAGAUUCAGCGAAUCACAGAUGAGCGCAACAGACAGGUGACCUUCACCAAACGGAAGUUUGGUCUGAUGAAGAAGGCUUACGAGCUCAGUGUGUUGUGUGACUGCGAGAUUGCCCUCAUUAUUUUCAAUCACUCAAACAAGCUCUUCCAGUAUGCCAGCACUGACAUGGACAAAGUGCUACUCAAAUACACGGAGUACAACGAGCCGCACGAAAGCAGGACCAAUGCAGACAUCAUUGAGACGUUGAGAAAGAAAGGCUUUAAUGGUUGCAACAGCCCAGAGCCUGACGGGGACGAUUCAAUCGACCAAAGUCCGUUACAGGAGGACAAAUAUCGCAAGAGCGAGGAGCUGGACAUCCUCUUCAAACGCUAUGGAGCUCUGAACAAGAAAGAGCACCGGGAUUCAGAGAGUCCGGACCCCGAGGAGCCAUUCUCCCUCACGCCUCACACAGAAGAGAAGUACAAAAAGAUAGACGAGGAGUUUGAUAAAAUGAUGCAGAGCUAUAGGCUAUCAUCCACAGUGCCACCGCCCACUUUCUCCAUGCCAGUCACAGUGCCGGUGUCCAACCAGAGUCUUCUGCCAUUCAGCAAUCCCAGCAGCCUCGUCACCACUUCCUUCGUCACCUCCACUCUCACAGACCCGCGUCUGCUGUCACCACAGCAACCGCAGCUCCAGAGGAACACAGUGUCUCCGGGCUUGCCACAGAGACCUGCCAGUGCAGGUGCUCUCCUGGGAGGUGACCUCAACAAUUCAAAUGGAGCGUGCCCAAGCCCUGUGGCUAACGGUUAUGUCAGUGCCAGGGCCUCACCAGGACUCCUCUCAGUCUCCAACGGCAACAGCAUGGGGAAAGUAGUCCCGGCUAAGUCUCCUCCUCCACCCAGCGCUCAGAUGGUGAACAGUCGUAAGCCAGAUCUUCGGGUCAUCACCUCCCAGAGCAGCAAAGGCAUCAUGCAGCUGACAGAUGAGGAGCUGGAGUUGGUGAGUGAGAAUGCUCAACGGUUAGGCACCUCUCAAGUGAGCCAGCCUCUUACCACACCAGUGGUAUCCGUGGCAACGCCGAGCCUCCUGACUCCAUUCUCCAUGCCAACCUCCUUCAACACAGAGUACCAGCUAACAAGUGCAGAUCUCACAGCCCUCCAAGCCUUUACGCCAUCGGGUGCACUGUUGCCAAGCAACAUGACCACUUGGCAACAGCAGCCAUCAGUAUCCCAGCAACAACAGCAGCAGUCAUCCAUAUCCCAGCAACAGCAACAACCACAGCAGCUAACUCUGGCCUCCCUCAGUAAUCUUGUCAUGUGGGGCUCAGACAGACAGAAUGGAGAGAUGACUCACUGCAUCUCUGGUCUGGCUGCUAAUCUCAGUGUGACCUCUCAGGGCAGCUUUCUCUUGGGCAGGGAGGAAGGGAUCAGCUGGCCAGUGGGAACAAUUCCUCAUGGAGCCACUCUGACGGUUAACACUAACCCUAAAAUCUGCAUCAAAUCUGAGCCGGUGUCUCCCAACCAGGAUCGCAGUACACCCUGUUCCACGGCUGGUGCAGUAGGUGGCCUUACUGUGAGCCAGUAUCCAGGAGCGCUGCGUUUGGAGCCCACUGGCCGCUCUCCAGUUGACAGCAUCAGCAGUAACGGCAGCUCUUACGAUGGAAGUGAUCGGGACGACGGCGGGCAACCACGCCCUCCUGACUUCAACUUGGGUCUCCUCCGAGCUUCUGGAGAUCAGCAGGCCCAAUCUGAGCAGCAGGAGUCCGCCAAUGUCAAACGCAUGAGACUGGACACCUGGGUCACAUAAACACUGACGGAGACCGAGAGAGCUACUUCUCUCUCUCACGCACACAUACACACACACACCAAAACACAAACACACCCCUAGUGGCACCUGCUUUCAGCAGAAAAUCUCAGUCCGCACUUAGACACAUGCAUGCGCCUGUCCUUCUCUCUGUCUCUCUCUCUUCUUGUCUAUCUUACUGUCUCACUCUCAGACACACUUGUAUUUACAGGUGUUUGUAUUUAUAUAAAAUAUGCAUAUAUGCUCACACACACACACACACACAAUAGAUCCUCACAUACAGUUGCCAAUUCAGGUGUUAACGUGUUUAUGUACAUGAGACUGAAGAGAAAAACCAGGCAGGAGGGUGUUCGGUUGCGGAUCUUCUAACUCCUGCUUAGUCCAGAAUUGUGGAGCAGAGAGGCCGACUGGGAUUUCAGAUCAACUUUUACUGGCCUUACUGUACACCCGCCUCACUCAACAUACAAUGGUUUCCUCUGUGAUCACAGUUCUUGAGCAUUGCUCUGUUAAAACAAAAUAACAACUGUUUGUUAUGUUGUGCAGACAAGCCUUUCAGUCUCUGUUUUUUCUUUAACAUUGCUUUUGUAUGAGUGAUUGCAUUUGCCAUUUAUCUUCUUGAUUGACUCUCCCUCUUCCUCUUCUUUAUGCUUUGUUUCUGAUUUCUCUGCUUGAGCAGCUGCCUUUUAGAGUCUCCCUGUUACUUUUGUAAUGACUUUAAAUUAGGAUCUUUAUCUUUAUAUAUUUCUGACUGUGCAAAAACUAAGCAUAAUGUGUGUUUGUGUGCGCUGUGAGACGAAGGGGCUCAUUUGUUCAAUAGCUAAAUGCGACUCAGCCAAAAAACGAUAAUUUUCUUCUCAUUGUUUAAGUUCCAUCUUUAUAUUGUAUUUCACACCAGUCCCCUCGCUAACAUACUUGCGCGCGUGUGUGUGUGUCUAUCAGCGGAGCUAUGUUUGAAGCGUGAAUGCCGCUCCGCAUUCUCAAUUUUCUGCACACUGGUGCAUAUGCGUGGACCGUAAAUGUGGUGUCAUUGAUGGAAAUGUAGCGCUAUCUGUACUAAUGAUAUCCAGUCCUUCAGGAAACACACAGAUGUGUUUGUAUCAGCCUGCAUUGUGUUAUUGAGUGUGUGUGUGGCUGCAUUAUCUUUCAAUACUGUUGGUUUACGAAAGCCGUCGUCAGUACAAUAUGCUGUAUUUAUUAUUUGUUUGCCUGGCUGCAUAAAUCAGGUUAUUUCUUUUCAUUUACGGGACAAGAAUGCUUAAUUAUUGUUUUAAGGUUCCAGUAUAAGGACAAAAAAAUAGAAAAAGCCUGAGUUGUUGUGAACUCAGGUUGAUGUGUUUUUAAACGUUGAGAUCAUGUAUAUACAACGUUUCUCUCAUUUCAUUAAAGGUUCUUGUUUAACAAAAGGUUGGUGUCAGACACAGUCCGGUAGAAAGGAAGGACUUUAGAACAGAAUUUGAAACUUAGAGUUGUCACAAGGAAUGUUUUUAGAAUUGUAGAACCUGGAGCGUUCUAGAGCCACAGCUGAGUGGCUGGGAAAGAGCUUUGAGUUUGGCUGUGGAGCUGUUGUAGGUGUGUGUGUGUGUGUGUGUGUGUGUGUGCGUGCGUGCGUGCGUGUGUGUGCGUGCAUGCGUGCGAGAAGAGAGUAGAGGCGUUGAGAUUGUACAUAGCGGUGUAUGUUCACAUAUAUUCUGCUGGGUCUUUCUGAAGCAGUCCUAUAAUCUCAGUGGAACCGUCUCGUCAAUCUCUGCCUGUAAAUAAACUGUACCGUGUUUAAGUCAGCAAGGUGGAGAGGCAGAUGAAGGAGGAUUUGACUCUUUUGAGCGUGACUCUUUUCUGUAAUUUUUGUUUUGAUUACGCGCACUUUAAAUCUUUCCCCCUUGUCCACUCACACACCUUGAAACCCACACACAAUCUUUCUCGAGAGGAAUUUCAGGAGUGCUCCAUCCUUACGGGUUCAUUCACUCGAUCAGUCCAGUUCACUUGUACCCUUCUAACCCCAAUAAGGAUUUUUUAGAGAGAUUUGCUAAAAGCUUGCUGUGGAACACAGCCUUCCUGUGUCCAAGAUGUUUAAUAGCAUUCAGGGAAGGAUGUUUCAUGUUUUGUGAGAUCAUGGCUUAUAUUGCACUUCACAUGUUGAACAGUAAACAGUAAUAAAAGAAAAAUGUCACAUUUUGUAGAAAAGAAAGAAAAGAUGGUGAAAAAAGAACGUUGUACUGAAAUUUAGAUUAGGCUUUACACGUGUUGCAAAUGUGACAAUUAUUUACACAAAUUGUUUUCUGUGCAUUAGUGUAUUCUCUAAGUGACAAAAAUGAAGGAUGUUUCUGUGACGAUUCUGAAAAUUUCAGCCUAGUGGUUAGUCUUAGCGCAGAAGGGAAUGGGGUUCAAAAUUAUUUCAAAUGUAUUGUAUUCCCCUUAUUAUCCCCCCAAAUUUAUGACAUUUAAGCAUUUUAGAAUUGCAUAAUGGUACUGUAAUUAGACAAACCUUUCUGUCAUUGGAUUCUCUACCUCACGUGGCCUCCUCUCCUUCAAUCCUCCAGUAUCUUUCUCACUUUCUCUCACUCUUUCCACUCCCUUGCUCACAGAGGAAGACAGAAGCCAUUUAAUUUCACCUCAACAGGUGACCUAUCGAUGUUAAUCCAGAUUCCACACAUAUACACAAACACGCACACACACACACACACACACAAUGGAUGCAGUACCAUAUGGAAGGCAGUGAGAGAGUAAGAGUUGAAGUGAGAGCGUCCGUAUGUUGUGGUUGUACUCGAACAUUUCGUUCAGUUCAGAUCUGGAAUCUACACAUCACAGAACUGCAUAAUAAUCCAGAAUUCGUAUUCACAUCCCUUGGUUUAGGUUCUAGAGCUACUGGGCGGAAGUAUUCUAGAAGUCCAUCAUAGCAGAGUGAGGCCUCUGCAGAGCACCUGUUGACUAAAGACUGUUGUGUCCUGAGCUUUGAACAAAUGCAUUGAUUUCUAUGUACGUUUUAGGGAACAGCCUUAUUCUCAAGGCUGUGCACUGUAAAGCAAUGCGCCUGAGUCAGUGGAUUAUCUACAGUAACUGGUGUGUCAGGCCAGUGCGAGGUUGAUUUAAAUGUAAGACGACGUUCGAAAAGCUCUCACAAGGACCUCUUGAUAACAUUAGGAGUAAUCAAAGAAAAGACAAUCGUCCAGUGAAUAGUUCACUUUGGCCCUCAUAUUCCCUUUUAAUGAUGUCUAGAGAUUCUCACAUACUUUUUCUCUUGUUAAUUUGUGCUAGUGACCGUUUUAUUGUCUGUUUAUAUUCUUAUUGUUAUGAUGAUUAUCAUUACCAUUAUGGUUUUCAUCACAGAUGGUAAUAAUAAUGAUACAUUUAGAGAGAUGAUCUUUAUUUUCUGAGGUUUUUGUGUAGGUUAGGCUUAUUUUAUUUUUAAUUUGAUUUUAUUUUAUUAUAUAUGAAUACUAUAUAAAUAUAUUUUGCGUUAAAAUUUUUGUUUUGUUGGUUUUUCAUUGUUUUCUUCAAAGGGGUGUUACUAAUAUUGCACGGUUUAUUAAGUAAAACAAAACAGUUGUAGUAAUAUUAGUACUUCUUGCUAAUCGAGGGAAGCGAUAAAACAGGUUCGAUAGAAUGACCAGUUCAAUGCUGCAAUUUUUAGUCAAUUGUACAAUAGUAUCUACACUUAGUUAAGGUGGGACAUCCACACAUUUAAUUUAUUCUGAUCAGACACAAUGCAUGGGCGUCAGACAAGCAAAGAAUGAGUCAUAUUAUAAAUAAACUGAAAUGUAAUUUCAAUAAGAGUAUAAAACUCACAAAACUAGAAUAGAAAUUGAAGAAAAAAAAAUUUAAAAGAAAAAUUAUAGCUAAUAUAUUGUGUUUGGCUAGUCUGCUUUGAGUUUUGUUGUAAAAAAUAAAAAAUAAACACAAAAAAAAAUAAAGAUUCUGUUGUUUUCGGAGAAUGAUAUACAAUUUGUGUAUAUUUUCAUAAACAAAGUAUGCACUGAUAUGUUAUUACAAAUUCUAUACUGCUUUUACAAAAGAGUGUUUGUUAUUGUACCAAAGUAUCCAUUGUCCUUUAUGACCCUCCCCUUUUGCGUAUGUUUUAUUGUAUUUUAUAUAUUAAAUAGACAAGUUGACCUACACAGAAGUGAGAGUCUGUCUGUCCUAUUGUUUGUGCAUCUAUGAGACUUCUUUCAUCUUCUGUCAUCCCUUUAAUUUAUAUGAAUUUAGCUGCUUUUAUUUGUAAAGCACAAACAAGAUAGUAUAUAACAAUAUUUCACAGGGUAUAACUUCAUAUCAUAAAGCCACAAUAUCAAAUUGGAGUUGACCUGAAAAUUGUUGUUUGAACUCCCAAGUUGUAAUAUUGUUUUCUUUUGAAACGCUUUUUGAAGUAAGACUUUUUAACAUGAAAUUCUGUAUUAAGGCUUUCACUGAAACCUGCAAUGGCAAUAGCGGUUCUUACAUAUUUUUUCUUAUUACAUUAUCAGAUAUUGUCCACACUUUACAAUAGUUUUCAGGUGUGAUCACUAGAUGUCAGCAUUUCACUUCAUCUGCAACGUAGAGAGGCAAUUCAACACUGCCGCUUGUACCUACUGCAAUAGAAAAAUGAUUUUAAUUCACUUUUUUUUUUUACUCUCAAAUUAAUUUGUAUAAUUUCACUUACUUAUUCAUGAGAAAUGCAAACAUUUAUUUAAACUUAAGUUUAGAAAGAAACACUGUUGUGCAAGUAAAUUUAGGUUUCAAGACUUUUAGAGAUUUAUCCAAUUAUUUAUUGUAAGAAUGUGUUUCCCCUUAUUCAUACACUAUGGCUGUUGUUGGAAAUAAAAAACAAAUAGUUUAGCAACAGAUCAUAGUGAUUGAGGCCCAAUGACAUGACAUGUUAACCAGAAGAGUGUGUUCUGUACAUGUGACUCUUUUGGUGGUUUGGGGCAUUGAGGUCCUGACAUUCUGUUCAUCUGACCGCAGUGUCAGCUGAGUUUGUCAGUUUCAAUUCUAUUUGUAACAGGUCCCCACUUACGGUUUGCCUGAAUGACAGAGUUAACCUAUUUUUCCUAACACACUUAAUCCUAGAGAAGAUGUCCCUGUCAUUCUUGACACUAUAAAUGUCAGUUUAUACAUUGAUUGACAGUAAUUAUGCACUAUUUGGCAAUAACAUCUUUAUCAAAUAAAAAUCUUAAAACCUUUUAUUGC